UCUAUCUCACUCUCAAUAGUAUUGUGAAUGAUUCAGCACCAACCAGCUCCAGCUCCCGCUCACUGCCCUUUGCCCACACACUCGACAUUCCAUAUAUGCUUGAGCUGUUCUCGAAAACAUUCAGGCUAACAAUUCCACAGCUGCUUCACUUGCAUUGCACAGACGUAUGUGGAUUGGAGCUCAUCUUAAGAACAGGAGAAGAUAAUUCAAACUUUGAAACGGCAGAAGGAUGGCAUCACUGUUUCGAAGUGAGGAGAUGUGCCUGACCCAACUCUUUCUGCAGGUUGAGGCUGCCUAUUGCUGCAUCUCUGAGCUGGGAGAGCUCGGUUUUAUGCAGUUUCGAGAUCUAAAUGCAAGUGUCAACUCAUUCCAACGAAAAUUCGUGAAUGAAAUUAGACGUUGUGAAGUGAUGGAGAGAAUUCUUCGAUUUCUGGAGACUGAAAUAGAAAGGGAUGAGAUUGCUGUCCAAGAUGAUGAAGAGAAUCCCCAGGCCCCUCUUCCAAAAGAUAUGAUUGACCUGGAGGUAGUUCUAGAAAAACUAGAGCAUGAUUUGAGGGAAGUGAAUCAGAACCAGCAAACUCUGAAACAGAACUUUCUGGAACUCACUGAACUCAAACACCUGCUGAAAAAAACACAGGAUUUCUUUGAGACUGAAGCGAAUUUAACCGACGAUUUCUUCAGUGAAGAUACAAUGCACCUUCUGGAACUGCAGACUGCGUCCGGAGUGAUUGCUUCUGGCAGACUGGGGUUUAUAGCUGGUGUGAUUCGGAGAGAGAGAAUGGCUGCCUUUGAACGCUUACUCUGGAGAGCUUGCAGAGGAAAUGUCUACAUGAAGCAGUCUGAAAUGGAAGUUCCCUUGGAAGAUCCAAACACUCUCGUGGAGGUACAGAAGAAUGUGUUCAUCAUCUUCUUUCAAGGGGAACAGCUGAGACACAAAGUGAAGAAGAUUUGCGAUGGGUUCCGUGCCACCAUGUACCCAUGUCCUGAAUCUGCCAGUGAGCGCCGAGAAAUGGCUGCUGGUGUGAAAACACGCAUUGAGGAUUUAAAUACUGUACUUAAUCAGACAGAAAGCCAUCGCCACCGGGUGCUACAGGAAGCAGCAAAAAACCUGCAAAACUGGCAGGUGAAGGUUGUGAAAAUGAAGGCGAUUUACCAUACUCUGAACCUGUGUAACAUUGACGUAACCCAACAGUGCCUGAUCGCAGAGACCUGGUGUCCGGUAGCUGAUAUGGAUAGGAUCAAGAUGGCACUCAAUCAAGGGAAGGAGCGCAGUGGUUCCAGUGUUGACCCGAUCAUGACAGUGGUGCAGACUCAAAUGGCCCCACCCACCUUCAACAGGACCAAUAAAUUCACGGCUGGGUUCCAGAACAUCGUGGAUGCAUACGGGGUUGGAACAUACCGAGAAAUGAACCCUGCUCCCUAUACCAUCAUCACCUUUCCAUUUCUGUUUGCUGUCAUGUUUGGGGAUUGCGGGCAUGGAGCAGUUCUCCUGGGCUUUGCGCUCAUCAUGAUCAUUAAUGAGAAAAAGUUUGCUGCCCAGAAAGGUGGUAAUGAGAUCUGGAAUACCUUCUUCAGUGGACGCUACCUCAUCCUGUUGAUGAGCAUAUUUUCCAUUUACACUGGAUUCAUCUACAAUGAUUGCUUUUCAAAAUCCUUCAACAUAUUUGGAUCCUCAUGGCAUGUCCGGGCCAUGUAUCGCAAUGGAAGUUGGAACGACCAUGUUAUUGAAAACAACCUGUUACUACAAUUGGAUCCUGCUGUGCCAGGAGUAUUCUCUGGAAAUCCAUACCCAUUUGGCAUUGAUCCGAUUUGGAACAUAGCUUCAAACAAGCUAACCUUCCUCAACUCUUACAAGAUGAAGAUGUCAGUCAUCCUUGGUAUUACACAGAUGGUCUUCGGUGUUGUCCUCAGUAUUUUCAAUCACAUAUAUUUUAAGAACAAUGUCAACAUCAUCCUUCAAUUCAUACCUGAGAUGAUCUUCAUUCUGAGUUUAUUCGGCUACCUGGUCUUCAUGGUUAUUUUUAAGUGGUGUUUUUACCAUGUUACAAUUUCUCAGAUUGCUCCCAGUAUUCUAAUCCAUUUCAUCAACAUGUUUCUAUUUACUUACAACGAUCCUUCCAAUGUGCCCUUGUACAAUUAUCAGCAAGAGAUUCAGAGUUUUCUGGUGAUUAUUGCAAUCAUUGCUGUCCCCUGGAUGCUUUUUUUCAAGCCUUUCGUUUUGCGAUCAAAUCACAGGAAAGCUCAACGUGCAAUGUUGGAGUCGGCACCAGAGAAUAUCUAUACUUCUUCUGACAUUGAGGCUGAUAUCCUGCAACCCCAGCAAAGGAGCACCGAUGACCAUGGUGAUGACCAUAGUGAAGAAUUCAACUUUGGUGAUAUCUUUGUGCACCAAGCGAUCCACACAAUUGAGUACUGUCUUGGCUGCAUCUCGAACACUGCAUCCUAUCUCCGACUGUGGGCUCUAAGCUUGGCUCAUGCAGAACUAUCUGAAGUCCUGUGGACCAUGGUACUGCACAUUGGCUUGAGUAGUGCUUCGUGGGCUGGUCUCAUUGGAGUCUUCAUCAUAUUUGCAAUUUUUGCCGUCUUAACAGUUGCCAUUCUCUUGGUAAUGGAAGGAUUAUCUGCUUUCCUACAUGCUCUGCGUCUUCACUGGGUGGAGUUCCAGAAUAAAUUCUAUGGUGGAGCUGGCUACAAAUUUAACCCCUUCUCGUUCAAAUCCAUUUUGGAUGGAAAUCCAGAUGAAUAGAGCGGCAUUUCAACAUUAUAUGAGUGCAAUGAACAUUUCAAUUAUGGAUUAAAAGAUUGUGCCUUUAGAAAAUAAUCACCAUGAAUCUCGAUGAUAAAUUGAUGCAAUAGAUUCUUGAUUAGAGAUAACACUAAGGUCUUGAAAUUUAGCUUGUGCAAGUUUUAGUGUACAAUGUUCACCUGGAAUCCUGUUGUUUGCUAUCUAACAGAGCUGUUGGCAAGUUUAACAUCAGUGAACAAAUGACUGUUGUAAUAGAGAAAGGAAUGUUGUAACAUGUUCAGCAUCUCUAUAUUAAUAUUCAUGCAAUUUAAGAUUUAAGCUCUUCAGGGGGAAAAUUUAAUUUAAAAUGAUUUUUGUAUUUGCUUCACAUUGGUAUUUCAAUUUGGUGAAUUAUGUGCAAUGGUAUCACUGGAGUUACAACACCGAGGGUUUCUAGUAUUGCUGACAUCUCAAAAUAAGGGACACACAGAAGUGAGAGCCUCUGUAUUCAAUGGAUGAAUUGCCACACCAUUAACCUUCCAAAUUGCAUCAAAUGCUGGACUAUUUAUCCAUCAUUGUAAUUGAGCAUGCUUCGUCAUUGAGAAAUACAAUACUAAGAAAUUUUCUUGUCCAGUGUUAGCCAAAGAGUCUUGGUGAGCAUGAAUUGGUUAAAAACCUAUUUUGGGAUCACAGUAAAGAUGUCUCUUUUCAGAAAAAAAGAAAAAUAUACCCCAAGAAUGGAAAACUUUAUAAUAUCACCAUCUGCUUAGUGUUUUCCAUCACUGCCUGGGAGCGUGUGAAUAAAAAUGUCCUUAAAACAACUGUCUGGAAAUAGGGCAGUGAAGACAGGUGUGUAACAAAGAUGUCUGUCAUAGAGUUGGUAUACACUCUAACAAUAUUUAGAUCAACAAGUGUUACCAGAAACAAAAGCUCUGAUUAAAACAAAUUUCAAAUACAACA